CUUCAGAACUCACCAAUCAUUCCUCAACCUUAAACACAGUCAUCAAAAUGAGUCAAAAAGGCUUUGUUCAAGUCUUUCAAGAUGACGAUCUAAGAGAUGUCAAUCGAAGCGAUCAAGACCACAAUUCUGUGUUAAACGCACUGGACGAACCAAAUAAUUCACUCGGAGAACGACGUUAUAUUCACAAUGAUACUUCUUUUGCCACUACAUCCUCAUUCAACAACACAAAGUUCGACCCAAUGUCAAGUUCAGACAAUCUAGAUCAUUCUGAUUUCAAUCACAAUCAUCAUUCAGCCGCAGCAGAUUUCGGUUUCUUGCCCGAAUCACCACAAACAACAGACACCUGUCAUUCAAACAACAACUUCAGUAGACCACACCUGCAACGUGGAUAUACUGGCAAUUCAGUCGACAUGUAUGCCAGCGUAUCACAAUCCAACACUUCAGAAUCCGCCCAUACAUUGAGAAAUGUGAGUACCAUACAUAUUAUUCAUUGUGGCUUCAGCUUCGGCGUUUUUGAAUCAGCCGUUGCGAAUAAAGGGAAGAAAAGAGAGAGAAUCACUUGUCUUAAUCUCGAUUCAUACCUGAUAAUCUCGUUACGCUUACAGCCAAUCUCAACACCCGAAAGUUGAUUGAAGUCUUGGCAUGCGUCAAAUGAACGUUGACACCCACACGCGCGUUGAAGCGCAUCGAGGUAUGGUAGGCUAAUUUGGCUUCCUGCGCCAAGGUGAAUUGAACCCCCUGGUUGUGCAUCUCUCAGGCACGCAAGCUAUAGCAGCAGCCUUUGAUGGCAGAGAAAUAGCGGCAAAUUUAAGCAAAACGCAUAUAUGCAGGCCAAGCUUC